AUGGAUUCGAUCAUUGUUAAUAAACAAGAAACCGAUAAGAAUAAUAAUAAUAAUAAUCAAGAUGAUGAUGAUGAUAGUAAUGGUGUAAAGAAAGAUGAUAAAGCAGUAGACUCUGUUUCAUCAUCGAAUAAUAACGACGUUGUUGACAGCAACAAUAUAAUACAAUCAAUUGAUACAAAGGAGGAAGAGCAUAUUAUUACAACCCCGACAACAGUUCCUACGACAGAACAACAAACAAGUAUAACCACAACGACAAUAAUUACACCACCACAACAACAGCAACAACAACAAGAUGAUAACAUUUUAAAAAAAGAAAUCAUUAUACAAUCACCACAUAGAAAUAAUGAUCAUGAUGAAGAGGAGGAGGAAGAAGAAGAAGAUGAAGUACUUUCACCAACUCAAUUUAAAUCUCCACCUCCACCUCCACAACCUACAACUCCAACAUCAAUUGUAACACCACAACUACAUUUACCUACACCAAGUGGCAAGUACCUUCCAUUGACACCUCAUCUCUCAAAGUUUGAUCAAUUGAGAAUGAUAUCGGAACUGGAACACCAAUCACCACAUGACAAGUUGGCAAACCUCGAAGCUCUAUUGAUUGAAAAGAACCAAAUGAUACUGUCACCGGAAAAGUCUCAUUUUCACGAUUCCAAUGGUAGGUUGACACCUCCUCCAUCAUUUAUCGACGAUCUAUCAUCAUCUGGUGAAAUUGGUAAUAGCUCAGACUCGUUAUUUGGUUCUGAUCAGACAUCAACAACCUCAACCUCAACCACUCAAACCAACAUAACCUCAUCGACAAAUGAAUUGGAUACUGAAGAUAAAAUGAACAUAGAUAUUGGUGGUGCUGAUUCUGACGACACUGAAGAUGAUGAUUUUGACAUGUCCGCCGUAACACUAGAACUUGGUAAAAGUUUUAGUUCUGUAUCAACUCAUUCAGAGUCAUCAUCAUCAUUGUCUCAAUCAACUGGUAGUGCUGGUAACCCUCCACCUCUUUCAACUUUACCAACAACUAAAAAGGAAGGAGAAGGAGAGGAAACAUUAACAUCAACAACAACUACCACCACGACCACUACAACCAAACCAGAUCAACCAACAUUACCAAAACCACCAUUAUUAGUUCCACCACCACCAACAACAAGAGUUAAAAAGGAAAAUACACCUAAAAGAAGUACUUCUACUACUUCAUCAUCAUCAACCGAUAUUGGAGACAAACCAAGUAGUAGUAGUAGUAAAGCAGAUAAAUUAUUAUCAUUUUUAGGAUUUGUUAAAAAGAAAAAGAAUGAUGAUUCUUCUUCUUCUUCUUCUUCUAGUGGUACUACUACGACUGCAGAUCAAAACAUUUCAGGGUUUAAAGAAGAGUAUAUAAGAUAUCUAGACCAUAUGCAAGUAUCUAGUAAAAAUGAAGAAAAGGUUAAAUUUGAAAUGCCAAAGGCGUCGGUUGAGGAUGGCCAUGUAUUUUUAUUGUAUGGAGAUUUAACUAAAUUGGUAUGUGAUGUAAAGAUGGUACCUUGUUCGAAUCAUUCAAUGAUGCGUGUAGCAUUAUCGAGUUGGCUAAAGAAUGAUUGGUUAACAUUUCCAGCCGACAUUAGAAACAAAGUUAUGAUGAGUGUUCCACCUGAACCAUUUAAACGUGGUAUCAGUAGAGUUUAUAAAUGUCAAAGUUGGCCAACUGAAUAUCCAAAUAUAAGUCAACCAUGGUUUACAACAGUAGUACCAAACUUUCAUUAUUAUGAGAGGAUUGGACCUGAAUGGUAUAUAAGUGGAGCAAGAGAGUUUUUAAAUGAAGUUGGAAAGGAUUUGGCAAAGAAUAAACCAAAACCUAAAAAUGGAAGAGCAAAGCAUUUGGUUGCACUUCCCAUCUUGGGAACUGGUGGUGGUGGAGGAUCGUCUAUAGCAGGAUCAAUCCUAUCACUCUUGUUACAGGAAUUGUACAAAGCUACUCGUGUAUGGAAAUAUGAUUGUGUGUUGGUGACAAACGAAUUGCCAAUGUACACGGCUGCACGUAAUGCAAGACGAGAGAUGAUGUCUCAGGACAAAGACUAUUCGUAUAUUUACAACCAACUGUUGGGUGACCAAAUGAUGGAAAAGGCAUCACAGUUGGCAAAGAUGUUGGAUCAAGGUAAAUUGGCGUUGUUCUUGGGUGCUGGAUGCAGCAGAAGUGCAGGUCUACCAACUUGGAUUGGAUUGUUAAACAUGUUGGGUGAAAAGUUGGGAAUGACACAAGACGAGGUGAAAGCAAUGGACCAACUUCAUUAUUUGGAUCGUGCAACAGUCCUUGAAAAUCGUUGGAAAAAGGCACUUGCCAAAUACUCUCCUCCGACAGUUGACGAUGUGACUAAAAGGACAGCUGAUAAGUCGUCGUCGACAUCGCCAAAUAUUACUGCCAAUGCUGAGGAUGGAGCUGAAAACCCACUUGACUAUAUCUCCAAUACAGUCUAUUCAGAGUUACACAGAAACCUGUACAAUGAAAUCAAUAUACCAAUGCAAGAAGAGAUUGCCAAUUUAAUGAAAGUGUCUCAUGCAGGAUUAACCCAUUUCCUAAUGGCAUCGACACCAGCCACCGAUAUUAUUACAACAAACUAUGACCGAUGUUUUGAAAUUGCUAGUACGUCUGUCGGCACAUCUUGUGUGGUUCUGCCAUACGAGUCAUUGAUCAGCAACAGCGAUCAUAAAAAACGUUGGAUUCUCAAAUUACAUGGAUGUGUUUCCAACCCAAUGGAUAUUGUCAUCACAAGAGAAGACUAUAUCCGAUAUGGAGAUAAACGCGAGGCUCUAUCUGGUAUCCUCCAAUCAAGUCUAAUCACCAAACACCUCUUGUUUGUCGGGUUUAGUUUGGUUGACGAUAAUUUCUUUAACGUAAUGUCUGCUGUCAAAUCUGCUACAUUUGCCUCAAAACAACAAAGAAAAUUUGGUACAGCUUUAUUUAUUCAAAAGAAUGAUUUGAUGAGUGAAUUAUGGGGACAACAAAUAGACUUUGUUUGUUUGGACAAGGGAAAUGAAGAUAUUGCAAGAUGUGCAAGAAAACAGGAAAUAUUUUUAGAGUAUCUUAGUUCGAUCAGUAUCAACAAUACAUCGCAUUUGAUGGAACAAAGAUUCGAUUGUAUUUUAAAGGAAGGUGAAAAGGUGUUUAGAGAUAGUUUAAUCAAAUUUGUUGAAGACUUGCCAGAAGAGGCAAGAGAAACACAAGUUUACAAAAAAUCAAUCGAUACUAUUACUAUUACUAUUACAAAAGUUAUACCCUAUAUUAUGAAUAGAAAAGAUAGUAAAGAUGAAGAAGAAAAAGAAGUAGAGAAUGAAAUAAAUGCAACAACAACAACAAUUGCAGAGGAAGAAGAAGAAGAGGAUGAUGAUCGUCGUACAUAUUCAUUACCGUGGCCUAUAAUACAACGUAUAUUGAAAUUGGCAAGUCGUACUCUAUGUACUUGUGUCAAUAAAGAUGCUUUGAAAAGAGCUCACGAAACUAGAUCAGAAGUUAGUUUCUUCGAGCAAAUAUAUACAGAGUAUUGCCAACUUACCAAUAUUACCCCAUCCGAAGACGAUCCUCAACUCCGGUCGGUACUUCAUAAAAGAUUGUGUGCCCAACAAGAUAUCAACCAACACUCAUUGACAAGAGAUCAAUUGUGUGCACUUCAUCAAUUCAAUCUUGACAAUGGACACCAACCAAACUUUGUAUUGGUCAAACAAGACAAAGUAUCAAGAGAUAGUUGUAGAUGGAUGUGUAGUAUGGCAUUGCUAUGUAAGAGAGUAUUUGCAUUUAUUUCAAAUCACAUCUUUACCGAUAUUGUAAUGGAUGCUUCCAAAGACACUUGGUGUCAUAUCACCAACAACAACAACUAUUGUCUCUUAAAAAAACCAAAGACACUGACAAUAGUCUCUCCUAGAUCACCUUCAGCAUCACUAUUCUUUAUGAACAGUACACAAAUACCCUUUGCCAAACCAUUUUUCGAGAAUGUUGAAAAGCUAUACAUCAACGAACCACUCUUAUUUGCAACACCUGCGCCUAUCACUUUGUUGAUCAAUUUGAUGCCAAAUCUCAGAUCGGUUAGUCUCAGUGGUCGAGUUACCGAAUCAGUUUUGAUCAACCUUUUCAACACAGGGGCACAUCUGAAAUCAAUCAACUUGGAAAGGGUAGGUGUAAGGAAACUUAGUACUGUGGAUCCAACCGGCUCUGAGGAUGAGCAUUUUUAUUAUUAUGAAAGUCCUUUUAUAUUUGGCAGUCUUAUUCAACCGACAUCAUGUCUUACCAAGAUUAUCCUCCCCAGCCCAUUCGAUUGGAACAGUCUCAGUAAAGAGGUCAAAAGAAAUCUUCAAGUCAUUUCCUACUUUUAUUUUAGUACUACAUCUGAUGCCGAUCCUGUUCUAACGUCAUCAGAUUUUCCAAACCUACGACAUGUUUAUGUAUGGUCAAGUGACAGAGUUUUCAAGCUUCCAAAGAGUGUCGUUAAAUUUACCUUCUACGUCGUUGAAGAUAGAAAAUCAAGAUACAAGUAUAAAUACGAUCACAAUCGUAUAGAUGGCCAUUUGGACAUGAGGUCUCCCAAGGCUUACAAGAUUAUAAUUUUAUCACUAUUCGAUGUUUGUGAAUCAGAGAUCAAAUAUUUAAACAAUAUGGGUUACGGUCAUAUUGGAACAUACAUGCGAUCAAUGAACAACAAAAAAAUAGUUUUUAUUAAAAGAGAUAAUAUUCAAAUUGAGUUAAUAACCAACAAUCAAUUUAAUAAAUAA